AUGGGCGCCAAGAUGGCCUGGUCCAAGAGCACUCGCAUCAAGGUCAUGAUUGCUAUUGACACGGCCUUUUUCUUGCUCGAGUUGAUUUGCGGUUUCCUUGCUCACUCACUGGCUUUAACUGCGGAUGCGUUUCACAUGCUCAACGACAUCAUCUCCCUCGUCAUCGGAUUAUGGGCUGUUGUCGCCGCACAGAAAGAAACAACCGACGAAUUUACAUUCGGAUGGGUUCGUGCCGAAAUUUUGGGUGCCUUCUUCAAUGCCGUCUUCCUCAUCGCUCUAUGCGUCUCCAUCAUUCUUGAGGCCCUGACCCGAUUUGUUGAACCCCCCGAGAUCAACCAACCUAAGCUCAUUCUCAUUGUCGGGUGUGCCGGUCUGGCAUCCAAUCUACUUGGAUUUGUUGUGCUUGGUGGCCACGGACAUUCUCAUGGUGAUGAAGAAGAGGGCCAUGACCAUGAUCAUGAUCACCACGACCAUAGCCACGCUGUCCAGGAGGGAGCCUCCUCGGACACGGACAACCUCCGCCGCACUGUCGCUAACGAGGAAGGCGCUGUAGGGGAUGUCCUCCCCGAAGUCAUUACAAGACGAGCUGGGAACACGAGUCCCGAGACGUCUCGUCGCAUCCGAUUCGGAGAUGACAACACCGGCCGAGAGGAAUCAAACAGUAGAAACCGGUUGGGUGCUGCUCAGUCUAGAGGGCGUGCCCGACGACGCUCCAGUAAGAGCGGGCACUCGCGCUUCCAGAGCAUCGAGGACAUGAGCAUCCAUCCAGCCAGUUUCCGUCAGGACAUUAUUGCAGCUAGUCUUGCCGCAUCCUCGGGAGCCGGUCUCAUCGCCGACAGCGACACCAGUGAAGAUGCUCUGAUCGGCGACUCGGAAACCGACGUCAACGAAGAAUCACCGCUGCUCGCGGGCGGUGGCAAGGGGAACAACGGAGCCAUUGGCCACUCGCACUCGCACUCACACUCACACUCACACAAACGGCCCCGCCGAGAUUCGAGUGUGCACGACGGCCACAACCAUACGCUGCCCAGAAAGGCCGGAGCCAAGGCCAGCGGUCACAAUCACGCUGACAUGGGCAUGAACGCCAUGAUGUUACACGUUUUAGGUGAUGCAUUGGGUAACGUCGGCGUCAUUGUCACCGCCCUCGUCAUUUGGCUGACCGACUGGCCGGGCAAGCUGUAUUGCGAUCCGGCUGUGUCUCUCCUUAUCACGGCCAUUAUUCUCAAGACGUCCAUCCCCCUGACCCGUGCUACCGCUAGGGUCUUGCUUCAGGCCACUCCUGAGAACAUUAGCAUCCAAGACAUUCGCCAAGACAUUGAAGGUCUUCCCGGUGUCGUCAGCUGUCACCACAUUCAUGUAUGGCAAUUGUCCGACACCAAGGUGGUUGCCAGCAUGCACCUGCAAGUGGCGUUUCCCAUUAAUGAGCACAGCGGCGAAAAAUACAUGCAACUCGCCAAGAGAGCCAGGAAGUGCCUCCAUGGAUACGGCAUCCAUAGUGCUACCAUUCAACCCGAGUUUUGUUUGGAUCGACAACACCGACAUGCAGGGGACGCGGCAGCCUUGCGGAUGGACGGAGGAUUAGACGGUACCGGCGAGAACGCCUGCCUACUAGAAUGUAUCGAUGACUGCCAGGCAGAGGGUUGCUGCCCCCCCGGCGACUCUUCGUCCAAAGCAUCAUCGAGUCGCCGCGGUAGCGAGACAACUCAGGGCGGUGAUGAUGCGAGUCAUCAACACUAA